AAAUGGCGGCUCGGAGCGUCGAAACGUCCUAACUUUAUCGCACAAUAACAAAACACAACCAUAUCCACGGCGCUCGGCACAUAACAUGGGGACAAACUUUAACGAGAGGCUUCAGAGGCUCUAGCCGGGACGCGUUACUUUGACCACUACGUCUGAGCGGAGCUGAAACGCGGAGACAAUGGACGAUACUCACACACGGUACAGCAAGCGUCUGCGGACUGGUACACGUCGUCGCUACGAGGAUGAUGGAAUCUCAGAUGAUGAAAUUGAAGGGAAACGAACAUUUGACCUGGAAGAGAAGUUGAAGUGUGUGAAAUUUGGUUCUGCUCUUGUCAAACACAUGGAGGGUAAAGAUUUCACAUAUGAAUACAUUCAGAGAGAAGGGCUCCGGGACCCUAUUAUUUUUGAGAAUGCUGAUGGACUUGGGUUACAAAUGCCAGAUCCUGAUUUCAGUGUCAGUGAUGUCAAGUUGUUUGUUGGUAGUCGACGUAUCGUUGAUGUCAUGGAUGUGAACACCCAGAAGGGGAUUGAAAUGUCAAUGGCACAGUGGCGGCGCUACUAUGAGACACCACCGUCGGAGAGAGAAAAACUCUACAAUGUUAUCAGCCUCGAAUUCAGCCACACUCGGCUUGAAAAUCUGGUCAAACGACCGGCAUCGGUGGACCUUAUUGACUGGGUGGACAACAUGUGGCCCCGCCAUCUCAAAGAGCGACAGAGAGAUUCGACUAAUGCCAUCAUAGACAUGCAUUAUCCCAAAGUACAGAAGUACUGUCUUAUGAGUGUGCAGGGCUGCUUCACUGAUUUCCACAUUGAUUUUGGGGGCACAUCAGUCUGGUACCACAUUCUGCGAGGAGGAAAGGUAUUUUGGCUUAUUCCACCUACAGCCCAGAACCUGGAUAUGUAUGAGAACUGGGUUUUAUCAGGAAAACAGGGAGACAUCUUCUUGGGGGACAAGUGUCAUGAUUGCCAGAGGAUAGAGCUCAAGCAAGGCAACACCUUCAUAAUCCCAUCAGGUUGGAUCCAUGCUGUGUACACACCAGAAGACACUUUGGUGUUCGGGGGAAAUUUCCUUCACAGCUUUAACAUCCCCAUGCAGCUCAACAUCUACAACAUAGAAGACCGAACACGGGUACCAGCAAAGUUUCGGUACCCAUUUUACUAUGAAAUGUGCUGGUAUGUUCUGGAGCGAUAUCUCUACUGUCUGACCAACAUCUCUCACCUCACACCGGAGUUCCAGAAAUAUUCACUUGGCAUUGGGCUGACUCCUGCUGAUGUUGAUAUUAGUCAUCCUUCAAAGAACGACACCUCUAAUGGGAUUGAGAUUGAUGGUGAGGUUGAAUGCAAAGUCAAAGUCAAAGAAGAAGAGGUCGAAGAAGAUCAGGUGGCCCCUGUUCCCACCGCUCGGCCUGUGCUAACUUCCUUUGAGGUGGAAGGAAUUUGGAACCUUUUAGGGAAGCUGGAGGAGCUGCCGACCCACAAAAAGUGUGUCCCUGAUGGGAUAAUGAAUGCUGCAGCCCUGCUUGACGACAUGAGGGCUGUUUUGAAAGACUGUGCCAAUGAUGAGUUCAAGCUAUCCUACACUGGAGAUCCCAUUGUCAAAUGGCCUAAAAGGCCAUCUUGGUACCAGUCCCCAAUUCCUCCUCCGCCUGUUCUUUACCGUCCUCGCUUGGGCCCUUCUCUCCACAAGAGACCCAAUAAACACCGUUCCAUUUCGGCCCUGAGGCGGAGACGGGUGAGAUGCAAGCGCUGCGCUGCCUGCUGCCGGAAGGAGUGUGGCACGUGUCAGUACUGCCAUGACAUGAGGAAAUUUGGUGGUCCUGGACGUAUGAAGAAGGGCUGCAUCAUGAGACAAUGUCUAGCGCCUGCUUUGCCGAAUACAGCGCGUUGUGCCGUAUGUGGAGAGGGGGAGUUUGACGAAUCAAAUCCGAGCACUCACUCUCUUAUGGAAUGCACCGUUUGUUCACAGAUUGUCCAUCGUCAAUGUGUUAAGGAACCUGGUGAGGGAAUGAUCAAUAAGGACCUACCCAGCUGCUGGGAAUGUCCCAAAUGUUACCAAGGCAAAAGCUCGGCAACAGAGUCGUCCAGCGAUGAAGAAAGUGGAGAGUCGGAGGGUUCUGCAUCCAUGCCACAGUCCAAACUUUCAUAUCAGGAAGACAUUGGUGAAGAUGAUGGGCCAAGACGAGGGAAGCGUGCAAGACCACCUGGCAGGCCAUCAGCACCGCCACCUUCACAGAAACUGCUACUGCAGCAUCAACAGAAUCGUAAAAGAGCAAGCGCUCUCGAGCUCAGACUUAAGAAAAGGAUAAAACUAGAGCGGACCAAACUCUUAACCAAACAGUCUUCUCUAGAUCGCACUUCCAGGCUGCUUGGCUCCAGGAUCCUGUCCCGCCUGCGCUCUCAAGCCAGCAGACUGUCUUAUGGCAGAGGCCGGGGGUCCACCUGGGCAAGUGGCUCCCCUUACAACAUUGUUACAGGAGGGAACUUGGAACGGCAGCAGACUUCUCGUGGCCUGAUGCUCGAGCCUAAGGGAGAGCCACGAAGAGGGAGGGGAAGAGGCGUCAGGUUGCGAGGAGGAGGGGCAGGACGAGGCAUAAGAGGUGGAGGAAGUCGUGCAGAGCUGGAGGAGGAGAGCGAGGACAGUAGCAGCAGCUCCAACAGCAGCAGCAGUGAGGAAGGGGAAGAAGAAGAAGAGGACAGUGGGAUGAAAAAUGGGAAAGGAGGGGAUAAAGAGAACCAGCCGCACACAAGGCAGGUGGUGGUCAAAGAAGAAGAUGAGGAUGCGAGUGAGAUGGCCAACCAAAACGGUGCUGGUGGGGAGGAACAGAUGGACCAGGACUGUCCAAAAGUAGACACUAAUGGCUCACAUCUUAAAGUGACACUCCAAAGGCCAUCUAGAGCAAAACAGGACACAUCAACCAUUGUCCCCAAAUUGGAGGCUGUUGCCCCACAAACUGCCACAUCCACAAUACAGAACCAGAGCAGGGCCCUUGCCAGACCACCAAUUAGAAAUCAUGGCCCUUAUCCCGAUCAGCACCCAAGCAGGCGGACACCACACACUCGCAGUGGACACACAGACUCCCACACUUCCCACCCAGAAAGACUGAACGCCUCUAAAAGAACAAGACUAAGCAGGCCAGCUAAAUUGAGCAAUGGUGCUUCCCCCUCUUCAUCAACUGAGCUUCACCAUCUCCGGGUCCCUCUGUCCGCCCUGCAGGAAGGAGGGAGUGAGACGGAUAGGGAAACCAUUGGGAGCGGCCCAGGUUGUGAGAGGGAGGUCUGGGUGUCUGUAUUUCGCUAUUUAAGUCGAGCAGAUCUAUGCGUGUGCAUGGCUGUCUGCAAGAACUGGUACAAAUGGUGUUUAGACAAACGGCUUUGGUCGCGGAUUGACCUGAGCAUCAAGCGCAGCGUUACUCCUCAGGCUCUCACAGGCAUCAUAAAGAGACAACCGGUCACGCUUGACCUCUCCUGGACCAACGUCUCAAAAAAACAGCUUAACUGGCUUAUUGGCCGCCUCCCUGGACUAAAGGAUCUGAUGCUGGCAGGAUGUUCCUGGUCGUCUAUUUCAGCGCUGUGUUCCUCUGGUUGCCCUCUCCUCCGCUCUCUGGACCUGCGGUAUGCAGAUGGAGUCAAAGACUCACAGAUCAGGGAUCUAGUAACUCCUCCAGGCUGUGACAAUCGCAGCCAGCUGCGCAGCAUGCAGUGCUUGCGGUUAGCAGGCCUGGACAUCAGUGACUCCACUCUGCGUCUGGUGAUUCGCCACAUGCCCCAUCUAACAAAACUGGAUCUCUCCCACUGCAACAGCCUCACUGACCACUCCAUCAACCUGCUGGCUGCAGUGGGCUCAUCCACCCGAAACACACUGGGAGAACUCAACCUGGAAGGCUGCAGUAAAUUGACAGACACGUGUUUGAAGUAUCUCCGCCGCCUCUCGUGCAUCUCAGUGCUUGACCUGCGACGCUGCAAAGGUGUCUCUAGAAAGGCCUGUGAGGCUUUCAUCUCCGAGUUGUCAGUAAACACACUUUACUGCCUAUCAGAUGAAAAACUCAUCCAGCGAAUAUCGUAGCUACCUGCCUUCUUUCACUGCGGAGGGGAUUUGAAAUGCAAAACCGUGGGGCGUUGUGGAUCCUGAUGUGACUGUGUGUGACACAGAGGCAGGGAAGCUCACAUGCAGGAUGGAUGGGGUCUAAAUCGGAGGGAUUACUCACUUGACUGGUGUCGGGACAAGGGGUCUUUACAGCUGGAACAAUGCGUCUUUAUUUUUUCAUGAACCUACAAAGAGACUCAGGAGCUUUUUUUGUUUUUUUGUUUUGCUGUUUUAAAAAAAAAAAAAAAAAAAAAAAUUGAUGUUGUGUACAAAGCAUGUCUGUUUUUAUGAGUGGGAGAACAAUUAAUUAGCUAUGUUAGACUUCACAUCCUGUGGAUAAUCCACCUCAACUAUUCUUUGGACAAACGUCAGACUUGAUUCAUCGCACGCUUCUAACUUGAGAACGAGAGGCAAAAUGGAGUUGCAUCCUUGGGAUGUAAAUGGGUAUUCUCAUCCUUUUUGCCAAUCCACCAUAAUUUCGUAUUUGUUAUGACUUAUUUGAGUUCAGUUAGAUGUGGGUGCUUCAAGCAGAUGGAUUUUUUUUGUUUUUGUUUCCCACGGGGAAAUAGUAAAUCAUUUGACUUAUGCUUUCUGCACAACAGCUAUGCUUCGAGGUUUUUUUUUCCCUUUUUUUUUUUUUUCUUUUUUUUUUUUAAACGGCUUAGGGUGAAAGAUUUUCACACAAGACUACUGGAAUGGACUGCUUACCAGUUGUGAAUUCAGCUUUGCAAGUCAUUAAAUACAGCAGUGGUAUAAAUAUUAAGUAUACAUGGUUGCAAGUGUGUAAGAAGGUACAAAGACAGUGUGAGUAGGCAAUCAACAUAGCUACUAGACCUCAUCCCGGCAAAGGGCAGGUUGCAUUAAAGAGGGGGAUAAGCCAAGGAUAAAGUUUCAGAUAAAUGGUGCAUUUUCAGACAGUUUAACUUCAGGUGCUAUAAUUCCCAAACGUUUAUUGCUUUGUUUUUGUACAGAGGCAACAUUUAGAGAAAAAUAUUUCAGACUACAUCGUUUCCCCACCCUUCUUUGAUAAACUUUUUUUUUUUCUAAAUGGAAGAAAAAUGUGAUAAUCUACUUUGACUUGUCAAAUUCUGUGUAGAGCUGUAAGAUUAUGUUUGGCGGUCUGCUCAUUUCUUCGUUCCCUUCAAGUGUUAUGGCUCUGUAUCAAAGGUCUCCUGGACUGCUCUCCUGGCCAUAUCCCUCAAAAUGAAUAUAAGUAUAUAAAUGUUUACUUUUGUGUAAAUGUGUUUUUUCCUCUUUUAGAUUAUAAAAAUGGGAAUCCUGUAGCAUUGUAAUUAUUUUCUGAAGCUUUUUUCACUUCAUGGUAUUUGUGUUAUUUUUCAA